UCUUGUUUUGAAACGAAACCGGUCUUGUCUAAAAAUAGAUUUUACAGGUAUUCAACACAUUGUGUCUCCUUUUCGGAAACUUGGUGUUUUGGGGCGUUUUGCUGAAAGCCUAAAAGACACGAUUAUUGGGGGAGGAUUGUAUAUGCCAUUGAACGUGACCCCUGGCAAUCACAAUGAGGAAGCCUUUACUCUGGUUUGCAGUGUUGUUUGUCAGCAUUGCCAAUGUUGUUUCUAUAAUAAGGUUUGUGAAUGAUAUGAAUGGAUUAGAAAUACUAGAACCUAUUGGAGAUGAUUUAACAGCAGAUGACCCAGAGCUUGAAACUAGCUGGAAAUUGAUCAAUGUUUACAACCUGUCUGCAGUAGACGCUAUCACUGGUAGCUCGGAUGGUAUCAUUUAUGGUUUCAACAAUAAUCCACAAGAUGCUGAUGAUGACACCCUAACAGGGAAUUCGCCCUAUUUUCGUAUUGAACAAAGAACUGGGAGAGUUUUCUUGUUUGGAAACAAAUUAGAUUACGAGGAUGAAAAUCACAGAAACCUAGGGCUUAAUUUGAUCGCUAAGAAGAUUACUGGUGAUGAUUUCUUGAAGAGAACAUCACAAGUCAAAUUAUUAGAUAGGAAUGACAACAAGCCAAAGUUCUUAAACAAUUCACUAUCAUACACAGUGAAAGAGAACACACCAGUAACAAAGAACAACGAGACAGUGCUGUUCAACCUUGUAAUGGAGGAUGUCGACACUGAACCUACCGGUUCUAAAUUUCUAAAUGCAUCGGUUGAUUACUGUAUCAUUCAAAACAAAAGAGAUUACACAUGUUUAGGCGAAUUUGCAUUGACUCCAACAGCCUUCAAUGCCAAACGGUAUACUGGGAAUUUCUUGGUGAAAAAGCCACUUGAUUAUGAAGUUGAUGGUGUAUUUCAAGUACAGAUAAAAGUUACGGAUGGCGUCUUUAACUCAGUAACUGAUGUUACAAUCAACGUUUUAGAUGACGACGAUCUGCCUCCUCGUUGGAUCAUACUGCCUAAAGAAGUCCAGAUACGAGAGAAUGGGGGUGAUUUGAGCAUACAAGUUGAAGCAGAAGAUCAGGACACAACAAAGAGACCAAUAUAUUAUACAAUAGAAAUAGGAGAGUACCUUGGUAUUCCAGUAAAAGAUGUGUUUGAGAUAAAUCCAAGAACUGGCAUUAUAACAAAUAUAACUGAAAUAGACCUUGAGGGUGAAAAAUUUCGAAGUUACGAUCCUGAAAUAUUAAGGGAUAAUUGGCCAGUACAACUUAAAGCCUGUGAAAUUACAAAUACAACUAUUCCAGUUAGCAUUGGAAGUACAUCAAUGGAGUGUAUUAAUGCUAUAGUGUAUAUACAAAUUCAAGAUGAUAACGACAAUGCACCAAUACCAGACUUAGCAAUGUAUGUUUACACAAUCCGUGAAGAUGUAUCUAAUAAUCAAAUUCUGGCUCCACCAAGGAUUAACAUUAGAGAUAAAGAUACGGUAAGGUACUGAAAGAGGUACAGUAGUUUAAAAUUACUGAUAAAGAUGUGGUAGGUUAAUAUUACUGAUAGCAAUCUGGUAGUUAAUAUUACUAAUAGAGAUGAGGAAGAUUAACUUUAUAGAUAUUCAGUAUGUUAACAUUACUGAUAGAGACAUGGAAGGUUAAGUUUAUAGAUACAUGUAUUCAAUAAGAGUUGCCGUUGUCUGUACGCCUGUCUGUCUGUCUGAAUUUCUGUCAUGCAUAUCUAAAGAAGUAUGUGACCCACAAUCAUCACACCUCACAGGAUUGUUAUUCAGCACAAGAACUUGUGUACCUGAUGUUUUAAUUGGGAUCUCACAUAACCACACCAGGGUUUUGUUAGAUUUUCAUUCAGUCAGACCAGAGUUAUGGCCCUUGACUUAGUCAAACAUAUGUAUAAAAGGGUAUAAAACUUAGUGUCACACAUAUCUUAAAUUGUGUUUGACCUAGGGUCAUGAAAUAUUAUAGGAAUAUUAUUUAGCAUGUGAAGUUAUGCACCUGGGCAUUGCUUUUGAUUUAUGUCGGUAAGAUGAGAGUUAUUGCCCUUAAUUAAGUAAAAAAUAUGCUUAAAUGACAUACAAGUUCUUAGAGUUAAUAAACAGUACAUGAUUGUUAUAUAGUAUGUGGAAUUGUGCAGGUGGUGUUCUGUUUUGAAUUUCACCCAGCCAGGUCAGAGUUAUGGUCCUUGAAUUGGUGAAAAAUAGACAUAAAGUGCUUAAAAGUUUGUGUUCCAUAUAUCUUAAAAUAUAUUUCACCUAGAGUCAUGAAUCCAUGUAGGAAUAUCAUUCAGCAUGUGAAUUUGUGAACCUGAGGUUUUUGUGCCCCCACCCCCAUGAGUGGUGGGGGCAUAUAGAUUUGCUCUUGUCCAUCCGUCCUUCCUUCCGUCCAUUUGUCCAUCCUUCCGAGAAUAUUGUGUUGCGCCUAGCUUCAAAAGUAUUUGACGUAGAGUCACAAAACUUUACAGGAAUGUUGGUCAGCAUGUGUAGUUGUGCACCUGGGGUUUUGCAUCCAGAUUCAUUCAGUAUUGUAGGAGUUAUGGCCCCAGACUUAGUAAAAACUUGGUCAUUUUAAUGUUGUGUCGCGCGUAGCUCCAAAAGUAUUUGACCAGUAGAGUCACCAAAGUUUACAGGAAUAUUGGUCAGCAUGUGCAGUUGUGCACCUGGGGUUUCGCAUCAGGAUUCAUUCAGUUGUGUAGGAGUUAUGGCCCCUGACAUAGUUAAAAAUUUGUCAUUUUAAGGUAUAGGUCCAUGUUUCGGAGAAAGAAGUUCGAACGUCAUCAAAUCAUAGAAAGAAAGCAUUGUUUUACAUGAAAAUUUAACAGCAUAUAAAACAUUUAUAUUAUUCUACAAAACCAUUGUCAAUGUAUUCAUGUAUGUAUUGAAUUCCGGAAAGGGACUGCAUGAAGGGGCCACACUUCUGGACAGUUCAGCGCCUUUAAAAACUCACCAUUUUGAAAAAGCUGUUACAUAUCUUCGUUUUGAUGCAUUUGCAACAUCGUGCGAGUGUUUAAACUUUACAUAACUAGGUAAAACAUCGUUUUUGACAAUUGUUUACAUUUAUUUCUUUACAAAUGGCAUUCUUAUUCAAAGGGGGACAACUCAUUAAGAAUAUUUUAAGUAUCCAACUCUGUGGGACAGAACAGUAAAGCAUGUAUUGGACAGAUAAGUUGUGUGUCAAGGUGCUGUUCAUUUACUAAAAAAUCUGUUCUUUUGUGAUAUACUGCUAAACCUUAAUGUUGUGUCGCGCGUAGCUCCAAAAGUAUAUUUGACCGGUAGAGUCACCAAAGUUUACAAGAAUAUUGGUCAGCAUGUGCAGUUGUGCACCUGGGGUUUCGCGUCCGGAUUCAUUCAGUUGUGUAGGAGUUAUGGCCCCUGACUUAGUUAAAAAUUUGUCAUUUUAAUGUUGUGUGGCAUGUAGCUCCAAAAGUAUUUGAUUUAGAGUCACCAGAGUUUACAGGAAUGUUGGUCAGCAUGUGCAAUUGUGCACCUGGGGUUUUGCAUCCAGAUUCAUUCAAUAUUGUAGGAGUUAUGGCCCCUGACCUAGGAAAAAAAUUGUCAUUUUAAUGUUUUGUCGCAAGUAGCUCCGAAAAUAUAUUACCUACAGUCAUUAUUUCACUACACAAGACCAGACUUCUUGUCCAGACUUACUCAAAAAAAAAAAAGUUUGUUAAACAUGUAUGUUAAAAUGUACUUGACCUAGAAUCAUAAAACAUUAGAGGAUUGUUUUAUAGCCUAUGAAGUGUUCUCUUUAGGAUUUUACUCAGCAAGGCCAGAGUUUUGGCCAACUAUGUGAAAAAUACACAUAAGGUUCUGAAAAGUUUGUGUUGCAAACAUCUUAAAAAUUGUUUAACCUGAGUCAUUAAACCAUGGUACAGUGGCAGGAGUGGGGGCACCUGUGUCCUAUGGACACACAUCUAGUUUUCUUUUUUCUUUCACUCUAUAAGACCAGAGUUAUGGCCUUUGACUUGGUCAAAAAAUAAAAGUUUGUGCACCGUGUAUCUCAAAAUGUACUUGAGCUAGGGUCAUAAAACAUUGGAGUAUUGUUGUAGUGCACCUGAUGAUCUCUCCGUGAUUUCACAUAUUCGGCUAGAGUUAUGGUCCUUGACUUAGUGAAAAAUACAUAAAGUAUGUUGCAUAUAUCUUAAAAUAUAUUUUACCUAGAGUCAUGAAACCAUGUGCAGUGACAAGAGUAGGUGCACCUGUGUGCUGCUUAGUUAAAGUUUCAUUAAAUUUCUAUACAGAUUUGUUCAUUUUCAUUUCUAUCUUUUAGAAAAAGAAAACUUGUAACACAAAAUUUCUUUGUGAUAUGGCUGGAUAUUGCACAUUAAUUCAAGUUUCCAUGUAAAAUGCAUAAGAGGUCUGUUCAAAAAUAACGUAGACUUUGUCUCUAGGUGUUAAAUAUUUUAAUGAAGCAAAGCAAGCAAUACAUCACCAUUAUUCGCAAUCUUUCUUCUUACUUCACUCUGCCUGCAAAAUUGAUGUGACUAUGAUCAUGCAGUGAGAAGUUAUGUCUCAUCAAAAACAGUCACUUACACAAGCCCGACACACAGGUGAUCAUAUUUCAACGACAUUAAAGAUGUCAUAACUUUGUGGUGAUGCUUUCAUUUAAGUUUAAUUUAUAUUUGUAAAAUUUUUGAUAAAUUUUGAUUAACAAUACCUAAGUCAUAGUAAGUUGUUUGGUUAGAAUACUGAAAACAGUAUGAACUAUAAUGCCAAUUAUUUCAGACUAGGUGCGCACCAUGUGCAGUUGGUCUUUACUCAAGGUGUCAUAGACUGACGUUAGCGUCAAAUCACACAUUUUUUUGUUUCCUCCUUUGGCCUUGGCUGUCUGCUAGCAAUUAUGGGCCAUUUGUGAAUUGUUUGUACCAUUUGAAGACCAAGACACAAAAAACCGAACAUUGUUGUGCUAUCUGCUUCAUUAGCUCACAAAUUUCAGUUGGUGCUUGCCAAAAUCUAUACAUAAUUUAACAACUAUAAUUAUGUUUGUGAGCAGAUGACGAUAUUACAUGCGUUAUAAUUAGGGAUGGCAAAGAGUAACCGGUUAACCGAGUACUUGCUUGGUGUUCUGAGUAUCGAUUACGAAAUUUAGUAA